UUAAAAAAAAAAUGGGUAAAAAAAAAGACAUAACAAACAAAAAAAAAAAAACUCGCACCGGUGGUCCCGGUUAAGAUGUCGCCGCCACCGUCGCCGCCGCAACAACGUAUCGGAUUGCCAUGGCCCGAGCUCAACGAUGGUUUGGAAUACAAGGACAUCGUCUCAUCUUCUGAGUCAGAGUUAAUGACGGUGUCAGAAUUCUAUUUCACCAAGUACAAGAGCUCAGCUCCACUGCUAGGGUGGAUUCAACGAAUUCAAAACGGACAGAUACAAAUCGAUGGGGAAGUUGUGAAAGAUCCAAACACAGUUCUUAGGAGUGGUUCGAAGUUAGUUUACCAUAGGCUUCCUUGGAAGGAACCUGACACGCCUUACUCGCUAGAUAUUUUGUAUGAAGACGAUGAUUUGAUCGCUUUGAACAAGCCUUCUGGACUUCAAGUAUUGCCAGGAGGACUUUUCCAGCAACGGACUUUGUUGACGCAGUUGCAUUGGUGGUUUGGUAAAAAAGAUUCUUCCACCGGUGCACGUGAAUUACACCCUGUCCCUGUACAUCGACUAGGUAGAGGAACAUCAGGUAUACUUCUCUGCGCAAAGACAAAGCUUGCAAAAACGAAACUGGCAGCUUAUUUUGCUGAGGGAACAUCUCUUGUCGGGUCCGGUAACUUGGAUCAAGAUUGUGGAACCGGAAGAAAACUUACAAAGAUAUAUCGAGCACUGGCAGAUGGUAUAAUUGAAGAAGAUGAGGUAGUAAUCCAACAGCCUAUCGGAGUGGUUCGAUAUCCUGGGGUCGCAAAAGGAUUAUAUGUUGCUUCUCCGGAAGGCAAACCUGCUUUCAGCAAAUUAGCUGUUCUGGCGAGGGACAGGCAAAAUAAUUGCACCCUAGUCAAGGUAGAUAUACAAUCUGGAAGACCACAUCAGAUCCGGAUUCAUCUUGCAUACAUUGGACAUCCCUUGGUAGGGGACCCUCUUUAUGUUGCUGGCGGACAACCAAAGUGCUUUGAUACAGAUCUUGUAGAUGAUGCUGCGGCCUUUGCCGAAGAUGGGGGAUACAGAAGGCCAAAUCAGCCUGUUCCUGGGGAUUGUGGAUAUCAUCUGCAUGCUCAUCAAGUGGAGCUACUUAACCUGUUGAACAUUAAUAAGGUAGUAAAAAUUGUAGCUCCACUACCAACAAUUCUCCAAACAAGCUCCGAGGCACAAGAAAAAAGUCUACCUCCUGCAAGUUAAGUUGAAUUAAUCUUUCACUGUACAACAUUAGACAUGCUUGUUCAUCAAGUGUUAUCCUUCUUGAAAAACAUACAGAGAGCUAAGCCUAGCUCUUAGACUCUGUUAUUAUCAGCAAUAUUACAAAUACAAACAUCAGCUAUGAAUUUUUUCUGCAGGCACCUAACUUAAGCUGAACCCAAAAAAAAAGUUGCCUAUAUUAACUGACAUUCUAAAUUAAAAAAAAAAAAAAAGAU